AAAGCACAGCUGAGAUAGAAAAACUGAAGAAAAAAGUCAUUUGUCUGGUUCUUUUCGACCUCAAUCUACUUCUCAAUUUGUUUUCUAUUUUUUGCUUUAUCCUAUUCGAUCUUCUCUUCUGCUGUGGCAUCGAAACUGAUUCUCUCCAUCCAGAGUUGUUUUUUCAGGUGGCUUAAUUUACAAUUUCUGAUGCUGAGGAAAUAACAAGACUUGAAUACUUUUCUUUAUUGAGAAAGAUGCUGGAAGGUGGUGUGAAAUUCCCGGGAACAAUAGACCUCAACAAGCAGAACGAUGACUACUAUGAUUUCUCUAAGGGCUUUUACCAUAAGCUUGAGGAGGGCACGGAUAUGUUAAUUGACAGUAUUGGGAGCUUGCAAACAAGUAACCAUGGAGGAUCUGUUGCAAUGUCCAUUGAUAAUAGCAGUGUUGGCUCCAAUGAUUCUCAUACUCGUAUAUUGAACCACCAAGGGUUGCGGAGACGCCCCAAUGAUAAUUCCUCCAUUGCACACAGUGUCAAUCAUCGAGGAAGAGUUACACAUGCUUUGAGUGAUGAUGCUUUGGCACAUGCACUAAUGGACACUAGUUCCCCAACUGAAGGGCUUGACAAUUUUGAUGAGUGGACAAUUGAUUUGAGGAAUCUUAGUAUGGGUGAGGCUUUUGCUCAAGGGGCUUUUGGAAAACUUUACAGAGGUACUUACAAUAAUGAAGAUGUUGCUAUUAAAAUCUUGGAGAGUCCUGAAAAUGAUUCAACAAAGGCUCAGUUGAUGGAACAACAGUUUCAGCAGGAGGUGAUGAUGCUGGCUACAUUAAAUCAUCCUAACAUAGUUCGUUUUAUUGGUGCAUGCCAUAAGCCAAUGGUAUGGUGUAUUGUUACAGAAUAUGCCAAAGGGGGUUCAGUUCGGCAAUUUUUAAUGAAGCGACAAAACAGAUCAGUGCCCCUUAAAUUGGCUGUUAAACAAGCUUUGGAUGUUGCACGUGGGAUGGCAUAUGUUCAUGGCCUUGGAUUGAUCCACAGGGACUUGAAAUCCGAUAAUCUUUUGAUUUUUGGUGACAAAUCAAUUAAAAUUGCUGAUUUUGGAGUUGCUCGGAUUGAGGUGCUAACGGAAGGAAUGACACCUGAGACGGGAACAUACCGUUGGAUGGCUCCGUAAGAUUCAUUAGUUUCCUUCUUUUAAUAAUAAUUCUACUGUACAUUGUGGUUUUAUGCUUCUGAAAUUCCGUCUUAAUAAAGAAA